AUGGCGAAAAGGAAACAGAUCAAAGAUGAGGAGAUGCGUGAUGCUGGGUCUGAUGAUCGAGUUCGCAACGACUCCGAUGAAAGCGGCAGCGACGAGGAUACCGAGAUGGUCAAUGUCGAGUUCGAGUGGUUCGACCCUCAUCCUGACCAUGACUUCCAUGGGAUUAAGACGCUAUUGCGUCAACUCUUUGACAACGACGCGCUGUUGUUCGAUCUAUCGGCCUUGACAGAUCUCAUCCUUGCCCAGCCUUUACUCGGCAGCACAGUCAAAGUGGAUGGGCAAGAGACAGAUCCCUAUGCCUUUUUGUCUGUCCUCAACCUUCACGAGCAUCAGAACAAACCAGUCGUGAAAGAUCUUACGAAUUAUCUCGCACAAAAGUCUUCCGCCAAUGCCAACCUCUCGAACAUUUCUUCUGCGCUGUCGUCUUCAGACGCAAGGGUGGGAUUGAUCCUCACCGAACGCCUCAUUAACAUUCCUUCGGAGGUGGUCCCGCCGAUGUACUCGAUGCUUCUCGAGGAAAUCUCGUGGGCUCUGGAAGAGAAAGAGCCUUAUGACUUCACGCAUUACCUCAUCAUCUCGAAGACUUACACUGAAGUUGAGUCGAAACUUGACCAGGAGGAUGACCGGCCCCAGAAGAAGAAGAAGGGCUCAAAGAAUAGCAACGAGAUUUUCUUUUUCCACCCUGAAGAUGAGGUCUUGCAAAAACAUGCCAUGGGCCAUGGUGGAUUUGAGUACACAAAUCAAUCCGGGGAAGGUGUCUCCGAUUCAAAACGAGUCUUCCAAGAUUUGGGUAUUCGGCCGCAAGGACACAUGAUGUUGAUCGAAGCAAGCAAAUUUUCGGGGGCGAUAAAUGCCAUUUCAGAGUACCUGAACCCUUCAAGCAUUUAG